CCCGGCCACACUUUCCCUAGCCGGCUACUCCGGGCGCGGCUCUGAUUGGCUGGCUCGUCCCUCCUCCCCCCCCCGCAAGGUUCGGGGGUGGAAGGUCGGGACGCCCCGCCCCCUGGUGCUGCGGCUCCGCGGUGGCUCUUUGGGCGCCUGGGCAGAAUGGGUUUGGACUGGAUAGGCUUUGGCUAUGCAGCAUUGGUUGCAUCAGGUGGAAUAAUUGGCUACGUAAAAGCAGGUAGUGUCCCAUCUCUAGCUGCUGGUCUUCUCUUUGGAAGCUUAGCUGGACUGGGUGCUUACCAGCUGUCUCAGAAUCCAAAGAAUGUGUGGCUUUCUCUGAUUGCAUCUGGAACACUGGCUGGAGUUAUGGGAAUGAGAUUUUACAACUCUAGAAAAGUCAUGCCUGCAGGAUUAAUUGCUGGUGCCAGUCUAUUAAUGGUCGGGAGACUUGGAUUGAAGAUGAUUGAAAAGCCCCAUGAUUCAUAAUUGUGACCAUCAUGUGACUUAAUGUGUCAACAGGAAGCCUGAAAAUGCAGCUACCUGAAUGUAUAGAGUACAUAACUGUUCUUACAUCAAAUCGUCUUUUUUUAAAAAAAACAUUGGGGAAAAUUGAUGGGAUGGGUGCGUACUAAGUAUACAAAAUUUCACUUGUUUUGGCAGUCAAUAUUUAUCCCUACUUUUGUGCUGGGAAGUUUAGGUUACUGUUGAUUUAAAUUUCUCUUAAUACAUUUUCAUUACUUCCAUUUUGAGCAGUCAAAAAAAUUGAGAAUAUAAGAGAGGGAAGUGGCACUAAACAUAAUAAAGAAAAUUCCCACUGUGGGCCAACAGGAGUACUUGGUCAAAUACAAUACAAAUAUAUAUAUGUAUAAUAUAGUUACUCUGCAUUAGGGAUCUGAAAGUGUAAAUGUGUAUAUGGUUACACACACGGGCCUUCUCCAACCCCAUGCUGCUGCCUCUGUAUCACAGGCAACAGUACGGAACAACAGGAAGGAGUCACCUCCCCUCCUUGCUGCUGCCUCAGAGACCGAGGCAGCAGCAUGGGGUGGGGGAGGUACUCCCCAUGUGUAAAGUGUAACCGCUGAAAUUACAUGUAUGCCUAACUAAACACUUUAACAUCCCCACUCUGCAUGCAAACUUUCAGUGAAUGCUUUACCCAACUGAAGUUUGUAAUAAUGUGUCUAAAGUCAGCUGAAUAUUUUACUGCAAAAUUAUGUUGAGCAAAAUGUCAUUUAAAGGAGAUUGAACUUUAUAUUAAUAAAAAGUGAGAAUUUGUAUUGCAAAACUAUAUCCUUUAUCAGAACAGCCUGGAUUCAGGUAGGUUUGUACACUUCCUGCGGCUUGUGUGUGUGGUUUUGGGUCGGUGGUUUUUUUUUGUUUUUUUGUUUUAAAUCUUUUCAGUGCACUAUUAUCCAUAUGCAGGCUUUGAUCAUGUAAAGAAAGAUGGGAAGAGAAGAGAAGACAUAAUUAAGUGUAUACAUUGUAUUACCACUGAAUUAAAGACUAUUUCAAGAAGAAA